AUGUACUACCUGCUAUUGUUCGCCAUUACGUUGACUGCAUUCCAGACAAUUGGCUGUCACGAAUUGGGCAAUACUACCCAUUUAAGGCAGGUUGAGAGAAGGCGUAUUAUUGCGCUGGUUACUGACAAAAUCGGUGGCGUGCGAAGGUGUUGGGACAAUUCUUUGAAUACCCAACCACUUAAUGUGCGAGCAGCCUGGAACUGGGGUCUGCAUGUCACAUCCUCAGCACACCGUAUCAAGAUCUACAGCGUCAACAAAACCCACAAGCUCACGCAACAAAAAUUGGCGCAGUUCAAGGAGCACGACAUUCCACUGGCUCCUCUUACCAGAUACGACGCUGUUCCAGGCAUUACCGACCGCGAAAUUGAAAAGUACCAGGAAUCCCACCCUCGCGAUGUCGACGAAUGA